AUGGACUUUGACCCAAAGCACGACCAGGCGCUGGACCUGCCGCUGCGCUUUCCAGACGACCCCGUCGACGAGCCGCCGCCGCCGCCGCAACGGCAAACGCAGCCACCGCAACCUGCAUCGACGUCGAUGCGCCGGCAAAAGUCGCAAGAUCCGCAGCAGCCGUCGCCAUCACAGAAGCAAACCACGCAGUCGCCGGCGCCAUCGCCCGCCCUGCCUGAGCAGCCACCGCCCCGGUACACCGUCUACAUUCGCGUGCCGGCGCCGCGAAACGGCUUUGUGGACCCGCCCGACGUCGACUGGAACAAGGACAAGGACGACGCCCUGUGGCGCAUUCUGUCCCGCGCGUCCAAGAACGAUAUUAAUUGUACGUCUUUCCGUCCGGGAAUCGAGGUGGAACAGGACUAA